ACAUAAGUUGCUCUGUUCGAUCGGGGUAAUGUUUUGUUUAUGAGUUUACCUAAAUAGCGUUUACGCAAUGGAAAUUCGGCAAGAAGGCGAAAUCAUUUUAAAUUUUGAGAAGUAUUUGCUUCUAUUCAAAUUUUAAUCUCAUUUACGUGAGACGUUGUCUAGGAAAAAUUUGUCCGAAAGAUAGACGAAGCCAGAGUCGCGUCCACGCUACCGAACAUCAGGAACACUGGUCUCCACAAAAGUAAUCAUCGAUAUUUCAUCUUCUGUUAAAUGAGAGUUGCAAAAUGUUAAGAUGACCGUUGACAGUGGCGGUGGAGGUAUGGGUGGAGGUGGGGAUACAAUGUCAGAGUCAGAAACCCAUGAGAAAGAACUACGUGCACGCCUCAUACACUACCACGCAUCCUUCAGCUCGCAAGCAAGCCCAUCUUUGUGCUGUUUUGCCGGCCUGCCGUUCUUGUCCUCGACCUCGCCAGCUCUGCCGUAUCUUAUACAGUACCAGAUAGCUCCUAGGCGUGAUUCGAGAGAUAGUACCCAUACAAAUGCCAUAAUUGGUGGGUGGCAAGACCAUAUAGAAGAUCCAGGAACUGCAGUUGAGGAUUUACUGGAUGACCCAGACAGUGUUGGGAUCUUGUGGAAUGAUGAUCCAGACUCUGGCCAUCCAUUCACCCGUGCAGCUUUACAAGGCGAUGUUGCCUCCCUCAAGGAUCAUGUUGCUCGUCAGACUUUUGAUCCAAAUUCGAAAAGAGCUCAGCAUGCUCUGCUGGUGGCUUGUCGUGCUGGUCACGUCGAGUUGGUGCAGGUACUGCUGGAGGCUGGGGUCGACGUUCACUGCCGAGACUCUAAGUCUGGCUGGCAGCCCAUUCAUAUUGCCACAUAUCGAGACCAUGUAGCAGUUGUGGAGGCUCUAGCUAUGCAUGGUGAAUGGAGAAGAGGUGUUGCCCUUGUUAGAUUCCGUGGAAUUACCUGCAGCCUUCUACAUCUGGCUGCAAACUUUGGAUGUCUUGCUGUUCUUCGGUAUCUUCUGUCACACACAGUUAGACUUGGGUUACAUAUAGAGGCCCGUGAUGCUGCCCACUGGACUGCCCUUCACCACGCUGCUUUUGAAGGACGUAUGCAAGCUGUCACCUUGCUCUUACAAGCCGGAGCUGAUGUCAACACAGCUGAUCCCCAUGGUGUGACAGCGCUACAUGUAGCAGCUUAUCGUGAUCAUACUUCCAUUGUUCGUUUGUUGUUGUCAAGAGGAGCUAACCCUAAGAUGAUAGUAAAGUCUCCAUCCUCUGGUGAAUCAAAGAAACACCGCCCAAGUCAAGUUGCUGCUGAGGUGACAAACAUGAUGGGUUCAGGGAUGGGGUUUCGCACAUCAUCUCUUGAUAGACUUUUUCUUCGCCGCCAAAGGUGGAGUCCUGCUAAGCCUCAGGGCAGUUUGUCAGAAUUGUCUGGCAAUCAAGAUACUGGUACAAUAAAAACAAAUAAAUACUCUGAAAAACCUGUGUCAUGUGAAAAUAUCUGUGGAGAAAGUCUGAAAAGAUGGCCACCAUCAAAACCUAGGCACUGUAAGUGGCGUCGCCUCAGCCAGAAAUUAACAGAAGCAACAAGCUCGCUGGAUUUGAACAUGGGGUUGCGAACUGCAUCCUUGGAAAAAACUAUUUUGUGUCGUCAAAAGUGGGAUGUAACCAGUUCCCAUAAUAGUUUGCCAGAGUCACCUCGGACUCAAGUCAUGCACAAGAUGAAGGUUAAAUACCAAGAAAAGAUGCCUGUGUUUUGUACUGAUAUGAGAAGAAUAUGUGAGGGGAAAUUUCUGCCUGCAAACUGCUGUGAGUCAGGUACUGAACGUGGUUAUGAAAGAGUGGAGCCCAUCCUCAAGUUCCAUGUAGGAUCUACUUUAUUGCACUGGGCAGCUUCGAAAGGUUAUGACGAUCUUGUUGCCGAUCUCUUGGCAAGAGGACUCACUGUUGACGCAGGGGAUCGUCUAGGCCGCACACCUCUAGGGCUGGCUAUGUGGGCUGGUCAUACAAGCAUUGUGAACACCCUCCUACAAGAAAAGGUUGCUCUUUCCUCGGAAGACAAGGACUGGCGUUGCAUAUCAUGUGAGGAAGUCGGCUUGUCUAUAGUACGGGUAAUAGAGGAAACUGCAGUGUGCUCUUUAAACGCAUCACGUGACGAUGGUUUUACUCUUCUUCACUUGGCAGCUCAAAAUGGUUACCCUAACAUGAUGCACCGAUUACUUUCACUCAAAAUGUCAACAGAUGUGAUUAAUAAUCAAGGAGAACCUCCCCUCUUUGUUGCAAUCCGAAGCAAUCAGCUUGCUUGUGUACAGCAGCUAAUCAAUGCUGGAACGCGUCUCAGCAUUGUGGACAAUCGAGGUGGUUCUGCUCUUCACAUGGCUGCUAAGAAUGGCAAUGUCACUGUCAUUGACAUGCUACUAACUACCUCAGAACUUGAAGAACGAGACAUUGAUUUUAAUCGGUGUGACAACAUUGGCUAUACACCAAUAUAUUAUGCGAUAAAUGCUAGCAGGUACGACAUUGUGCAGAGAUUCUUGGAAUACAGUUUAGUGAAGAAACUGCAUCCUAAAGCAACAAAUUCAGAGACACUUCUACAAUUUUACACAGAAAGAAACAACCUUGGUCAGUACGACAAUGCAGUAGUACGGGUUUUAGAGUGCGAAAAAUUUCUCCACCGUGACAAAGCAAGUGCUGAAAUGUGUCUACGUGGGCAGCUAGGGACCACCGAAGCCAGCUCAAAAGCCCGCAUGCAGCUACAGGCUAUGUAUGAAUCAACAAGAGCUCAAAGACAUUGUUGGAAUUUCUGGUUUUUCCUCUCCUGUUUUCUCCUCCCUUCCGUCUUUUACUAUUUGGAUGUCUAUACAGAUAUCCUCUUGGCAGUUGAGUACUACAGAGAUGCUUUGGAAUCCACUGGAAACACAACAGUUGGAAACACUACAUAUGAAGACAAGAACAGAAGUGUGCUUGAGGUGCAGGAGGAAUAUUCUUCAGGGAUCAUGGAUAUAUUUACUGACAUCACAGAUUCUCCAGACAAGACAAACUUUGUUUUGACAGUUUUCUUCAUCCUGUUACCCAUCUCCUUGCUGUCUAUGUGGAACCUAUAUAUCCAUGUCACACAGCCUGACAUUUUACCUCAGUUCCGUCGCCUCCCAAGUUUCCUGCGUGUUUCGGUUUACACUUUCAUAUUUCUCACUCCACUUGCCCCAGUCAUGGCUUACUUGGAAAAUACUUACGCUCAAAUGAAACACAUGAACGUCACUGCUAGACAAAUGCAAGAGGUUGAUUCUAAGUCGUACAAUAGUUUUCCAUCUCAUGGUAACACCAAAACUUAUCGACAUCAUAUGCGUGACCAAAAAAUCCGGAAGUAUUACGACCUGAAGCAUGUUGCUCAGAUGCGAGUAGCUAUAACUAAUGUGAUGGAGGCCACACUGGAAUCAGCAUUCCAGCUGAUCCUGCAGCUCUAUAUUGUUGGUACUCGAUAUACAGAAUUAGACAAGGUGAAGGAUGUAACUCUUGGGUCUAUUCUGUCCCUCUCUGAUCGAGGGUCUGAGACACAGCUAUCAAAGCAAGUGUUCUCUGUUUUGAUAUCACUGGUUUCACUGACUUGGUCUUUCACCUCUUACCAUCGUUUCUCGAAACUAGGUGGUCUCACCAUCCUCAAUGCCUUGCCAUUGCUUUUUGCCAUCUUCUUUCAGGUUGUUUCUCGGGCCAUAGCUUGCACUCUGUUCACUCUGGCGUACACAUGGAAAGUCUUUGUUGUUUUAGGUAUACAUUUUGUGGUGGUCCUCGUAUUCAAGUUGAAAUUAGAGGAAAGAUCAGUUGGAAGGAAUAAAGAAAGAAGGGCAUAUGGAAGGGGCACCCAUAAAUCACAAGGGUCAGUGUUGCCACUACGAAAGUAUGUGUGCUGCCACUGUUUCCUCGCGUACCUACGCCCUUAUUUCUACGUCUUCCUUGGUACCAUUGCCUCAACCCUUGUAUAUUUUCGUUUAGAGCGGCCAUCUGCUGUGAAGAAACAGCUUUCUCGUCGACAUUCCACUGUUGUUAUUCAGGUAUUAUUUCUCAUUUUGGCAUUUAUUGAGAACCUCGUGCUUAUCACUCUGGGCAUUGUAGGUCUUGAUCGUUCCAAAUAUGACAACACCUUUAUCACAAUCUCUGCUGUCUUAUGUGCCAUAAGUUACAUGACUGGUGUUGUCUUACAUGCAGUAUACUACAGCUGUUUUGGUCAUCCUUGGGUUGACAUAAAUGGUCCUACAGUCACACGUGAUGCAGAUGAGAAGACACUGGUUUUAGCUUACUACCGUCAAGGGCAAGUCUCUAAAUGGUCAAUCUAUUCAUGUUGUACUGUAAAGCACCAUAUUGAACAACCAGCAGACAACAUUUACCGACAAGAUUUGCAGAUCAACGGCAAAGAACGUCAAGUGAAAGAUCUUUAAGCUGCAAAACUACUGAAGAGCAAUAAUGAGGUAUUACUGAAUGGUUUUAAUCAUAAAUAUGAGACAAAUAUAGCUUAAGUGUUAUAUUCUUCUGAACAUGGAUACAGUGAAGGUAAGCUUAUCCAAUAGUUACAGGAUUUUUUGAAUUUCAGAAUAAACUUCAAAUAAUUUGAGCCAGAAUAUGGUACAGAUUUUAGAAUGUCAGUUGCAGAGAUUACUGAAGUUGCUGGUUAAGUUUGUGCUCAAGAUGCACAAUAUCAAUUCAAGAAACUUAUUUCUUUGACCAAAAAACGGUCUAGUCACAAAUGUGUACAUAUGCUGUAUAUUGUUUUAAUUACCACUAGCCAGCUGUAUAUAUUUAUUGAGAUGAAAUUGUGUAACUUGUGAUAGAAAAAGUUACUAAAGAACUUUUGGCCAUUUGUAUAUACUUUUAAGAUAGUCAUGCAUAGCGUAUAAAGACUUACAAGUUUAAAGAUUUUAGUGAGGUCUGAGACGGUGCAACAUAUUUAUGCUCGGCAUUAAUCAAGAUCCUUUUUUGGUGGAAAAUCGUGAGUUUUUCACAUAAUGUAUGUAUCAAGGUGCUUGGCUUUACUUCUUUUUUUCUGGGUAUACGACUUCCAGUUUGUCAGUCAUACAGGAUUGUGCUCAUGGAAUUACAAAAGUGCAGUAAAAGGCACUGGACAGAUGAGCACAAGGGAGGUCAGUGAGUAACCAUAUUUACCUUGCACCAAUUCCAGUGCAUGUACUUUUGUAUCUGGGAUUCUCAGUGUGUUGGCACGGUUAUUUAUAGCAUCCUGCAAAUUCUCAGUUGACAAUUAAACCAAUAGAGUUAGGUUUCAAUUAAUUAUGCAUAAAACAACUGUGUAUGACAGCUCACUUGUGAUGUACAUCUGAUUACCUUUGUGGUGAUAACUUGGACUUCAAAUAGUUAGCAUUAGGCAUUGUGCAACAAAAACUUUCCAGACUGAUAGAUUAUCUCUAGUUUUAGAAGCUAUUUUCAAAUUGGGACUGACUUUCUUUUCAGAAUUCUAAGUCAUAAUACACUGUAAUUAUAAUAGAAGUAAUUACUGUAUGUAGCUUUAAUGAAUGAAAUAUAGGCACCAAACCUAGCAGAAAUGUUUGACCUGUGAUUUCCAUCUAGUUACUAAUGUUAUUUUAUAUAUAUAUGUAAUGUGUAUUAACAAUUGGUUCUCCAGAAUAUUUAAUUUUUCAGUGAAGAUGAUGAAAUGGAAAGUUAGAAUUUUAAAACUAUAAGUGAAAAAGCUUACUGAAGCCACUUAAGACUUGAUAUAUAGGCUAUAUGUAAAAUGGCUAGCCAAACAUAACUUGACCAACAAAGAGGAUUAUGGCAGACUAUGUUGUUUUAAAGAACUGCCGUUUAUAAAUGUAAGUCAUUCAAGUUUUGUCUCUACAUCUCAUAUCAAGUGUAGAAAACUUUGUCUUUCAUUACAACCAUAAAUAAUAAAGUGGAAGUGUGCUUACCUGACCAUAGCACUGAAGCAUAAAGAAGCUGUUAUUAAAUUUUAAUGAGGUCAUUUUUGUUGCCUAAAGUGUAAUGCUCUGUAUCUAAUUAGUUAGCUUACUUUCAAAGACAAUGUUGCUGUUCCUGAAAGGGAAGGCAGUUGGUGCACUUUUUUUUUUUUUUCUCUUGAAUGUAUAGAAAGUAAUGAGAAAUAUUCAGGGCAAUAUAUUACCUUUAUAUUUUGGAAUUUAGGAAAACUGCUUCAUAGAAAAUCUAUAUUGUUAUUACAUAAAGCUCUUUCAGGGUUAAGGAUAAGUUAGUUAAUGAUACAUGAAUACCAAGUACUAUUUUAGUUGUAGACCUAAUUAUAUGAAGAUGAUAAGUGUGGUUUUGUUUAGAGGAAUUGUAGUUCUGAUGCUUGUAAACGUUCAAUUUAUAAAAGGCUAAGCAAUGUUGAGAACGAUCGUACCAUGAAGUAAUUUGACGAUUUUGAGGUCCCGAUCUAGAAAAGUAUCUAUUCUUACAACAUAUAAAGGUUCACAAGAUGUGUGUGAUAUUUUAGGGCAUUGCUAAAGGAGAUAUCUUAAAAUUAUCAGUAGUAUGCCAUGCAGUGUUUGUCUGUGCAUCUGGGGACUGGGCAGUCUUCAGUCUUUCUUUUCUGUUAGCAAAUUUAGUGCAGAAAUGCAGGAUGUCCAGACAACUGAUGGAAUAGAAGAUUGUAAUGCCAUCCUCUGAUUCACUACUUCCUUGCCUACUCUUUACUUUUACUUCUGACUUUAAAUUAACUUUAUACUGUUUUAUCCUGUCCUAUCCAAUGCUCUUGUAUAUUAUUUAUUUUUACAAUUACCAUAAAAAUAAAUAAUGCCUAUUCAUUUUUUGCCUUCUUAAGUGUUCUUGGUAACUGAAAUUUUCCAGUUGGAUUAGCAUAGUUGCAAUUAGUGGACUAGCAGUUAUCAUUUGUUAAACAUUUCUUUCAAAGAAUUCUUCACGAAAUUAAUUUUUACUUUUUAUUUUACUGUUGAUUAUUUCACACCAUAUUUAUUUAUGGUUUCUUUUUUGUCCGACUAAUCAUUAAAUGUAAGGUAAACACUGGUGCAAGUUUACAGCUUAUUAUUUUUUUGUGACAGCAGGCUGACAUAUAUACUGUAUUGAUUGUUAGCACAUAGUGUUUGUAUGUAUGUGUAUAAUUGUUAGUUCCCUGUAUGGCAGGUAUUUACUCAAAGUCAUUGUACAAGUCAUUAGAAAGGGAAAGACGUUGUUGAGAUAUGGAGGAUUUGAGGCAGCAUUUUCUUGUAUUUAUUUUUUGUUUCCUUAUUUAAUCCUAUUAUUUAUUCAUGGACUGUAUUUAGAUACUGUAACCAGAGUACAGUACUGUACAAAGCUUUAAGCUCAGUUAUCGUAUAUUUGUUACUUUUCCUCCUUGCAUGUUCCUUAUUAAUUGAUGCUCUCACUGAUAAGAAUCAUGAUCAGUCAGUCAGUUGUCAGAGCUCUGAAGUUACCGAAUUUUUAUGCUAUGCUGUUAUAGCACACUGGCCAUUUUAUUUCUAGGGACUUAAAACACAAUAUCCUUAGUGUUCAAAGAUAUUUAUGUGUAUGUAGAUGCAUUUGUUUCAGUGCAUGUAUUAUUUUGCUCUGUGAUUAUCAUUUUAUACGUUUAUUUAAUAAAUUUUUUUUUUUAAUUUUGUUUUCUGAAUCCUUCCAUAGAUUUGAACUUGUAUAAUAUUUGCAUAAGUGUCUUUUCAGUUUAUUUUCUUAUCACAAAAACGACUAUGUAGUGUAUGUUGUCUGUUCACUUAAUACUGUACAGAUGUACAACUGAGCUUUGCUACACACUAUUGCCCAGUUUGUAGUGUGCUAUUUGUACAAACUACCAUGCUGAAAUGGCAGCACUAAGUGUUUUAACCCUGCUUUUUGGUCUCUUUGUCUGUUUAUUUGGUGGAUAUUAUAGAUAGUUUUUGACAAAAUUUAAAACGUGACUGAUGACUGCCAUGGAAGGUUGACUGAAAUUUUGAGAUUAGUUUCUGCUUUUGGAAUUUUGCUUAUGAGGCUUUCGAUCAGGUGUUGCAUAGCUGCUUACUUGCAAAACAAAAAAAUUAGUUCCUCUAUAUUAAGAUGUAUCCUGACUGCAACUGGGAAAUUCAACAUUUUGCAUAUAGUAGUGUAUUCUCACAUACAGUAUACGUGAAAACUGGCCAGCAUUCUUGUUUUAAUUCGAGAAACACACUAAAAUUAAACAAUAUUUUCUUCUUGUUAAACAAAACACAUUUAAUUUACAUGGGUUUUAAAGUCUGCCAAAAAUUCUUGGAUACCAUGUUUAGAAGAAAAUAAUAAGGGCAAUACCCAGAGGCCCAAGUAGAUAUUAAAAGCGCCCCCAAUUUCAUAGGAUAAAAGUGGAUCACCUAAUGUGUGGAGCUGUUCACAACUUGGUCUGUCCCAUACAGACAUGUCUCUUCUGCUGCCUGCUGUUCAACUUAAUUCUUAUUUCUCUUAAUCUUUUAGUAGAAUUGUUGUUUUGAGAUAUUUUAGGAAAUACUGUAAUCUUACAACAUGUUAUUUACUAAGUAUGCUAUGCUGCAGCUUCAUGGCUGAUGUUGAGAAAGGUAAUCAUAUCCUUUGUAGUAUUUCUCAAGGGCAAGUGUACUCCAUAGUUAUGUGUGAAAUGCAGGAAGACUUGUCCUAACCUCGGUGUUCUUUUUAUCUUAGCAGAAAGUGAUAUAGAUAUUUGAUGAUGACUUUUGAGGAUGAAGCUUCAUCAGCUUCUGAGCCACCUUUGGCCCCUGUAUUUGAGGCCUUAUGUAGUCACAUACUGCACCAUCAGCUUCCACCCAUGAAAGGCACUCUUUAUCUGCAAAAACAGUUGAAGGAUAACCUGCACUGCCCCUUGGACUACUUCCCAUCAGCAGACUUUGUGUUUCUUGCCAUCAGUACUUCUCUUAUCCUGAUGGAUUUUGCGCUUUUUGUACAAAUCAAAAUUCAAUUUGCUGCUUCGUCGUCAUCUGUCAUUUGAUCUCCAGGAACUAGAUGAGAGUAGCUUUUCUGGAUCUAUUCAUUCCAGGUGGAUUCAGAUAAGGUUAUGACAUCAGCUGUUAAGUUGUGCAUCUGUAUCCUGCUUCAAGACAUGCUCUUGCCUCAGGUAUACCUAAUACACAUGCCUUUAGCCACCACUCCCCUGUCUCUUGUGGUGCUCUCCUCCUUGAUACUUCCACCAAUGCCCAUGCUCCUGGUAUCAGUCGCAUCUCUGGCUGAAGACAAGUUCUGCUUUAUUUAUACCAGCUCUCCAGUAGUCACACUCUUGCCCCUUGUUUGCUCUCCUCAUGCCAGCCAUGUAUCUGAUGACAUUAGCUCUCACUUAUUCACUUUGGAUAUCAUCCCAAUUUCUGGUGAGGAGCCUACCACUAUGAAUUAUCAUUAAUCUCCCUUUGCUUUCUGUAGUCCACACCUGUAACCCAGUUCCUCAUCUUGUACCUUUAAUGAUAGCUUACAUGAAGAUGCCUCAAAGCCACCCUCCAGUGAUCUCUGGUCUCAAGACCUUAGCAAGAAAAGUUGCAUCCCUUAGUGGUCCGUAUUCUCUAGUGAAGCUUCAUCCAUGCAGUCACAUUUUCUUGUAGUUGUAAUAGGAAGCACCAACCUCUGCUAGGGAUGGCAGAUCCUGUUACCCCAAGCAAGAAACCUACAGUCCACACAGGGUUAAUGGUGUCACACGCUGCCAACCAUGCUAUUGUAAAAGUAAUGCGUUUAUAUAGUGAAAGUUUAGGGAAAAAAUUUUCAAUACAUACCCACCAAUUAAAAGAAGAAGAAAAAAAGCUUUUAUCCUAGCCCUCUGCUUUUCAUCAGGUGCAUUUCCCUAUUGCCAGGACCUAAAGACAUUGUUCUUUGAUUUCUCUAUGGACAUUCUGGAAACUUUUAAGAAAACACCCAAAAGGCUCUAUAAAAAAAAUGGAUUUAUAGUGAAAAACAGUCUCUUGUAUAAUCUAUUGGUAAAAUUUUGGGGGGUUAAUUUUCAAGUAGAUUUUUUGAAGGAUGUAUGCAGUCAUUUUCCUAAUACACCAUGAUUUUGAUUUACCAUUUUUUCACAACAAAAAAUAAAAGGUGAUAGAAACAAGACAUGUAUAGAUUAAUAGUACAGAUUCCUUACCUGUACAGAGUUCACUAGAUGGUAAGAAACUCAAUGAGAAUACAUCAUAUGCAGAAUAGUGCUCCAGUAACCAUUAUAUGAUGAAAAGGCCAAAAUGCACAUCACUGGUUAUCGCAGUGGUGUUACAGUAUGCAGGAACGCAGCGAGUUGGGUUCUAGAGGGGAAAGAAUAUUUUAAAUUACUUACAGAAAAUAAAAAAUAACCAAGAAGCCAAACCUAUAGUACAGUUUGAUCUUACAAAUUAUUACUAUAUAUGUAUAUCAUGGGCAGCUAAGUAAGAAAAGAAACAGAACAAAUGAGAAGCUGGAGUUUUUGAGGAACAAAAUACAUUAAAACUAAUAUGCAAGAUAUCUGCCCAGGCCAGAGUAAUGAGCUACCUUCCUUAAAUAAAUAACAAAAAACAACCUAACUUGAAUAACCUGAAUGUGGAGUUACUCCAGUCUACUGCAUAAUCCUAACAAGCCACUUUAAUAAUUUUGAGAAAAACAGCCUUAAGCCCCAUCCACACGGUUGGCCCAACGAACUUCGCUCAAUGUGACAUCAGAAGCGAGAAAAGUCAGAGCCUUGAUCACCGUUUCUCCGCUUCUGACGUCACAUCAAGCAGAGUUCCUUUGCUCAACCGUGUCGACGGGCCUUUACAAAAAAUAUCAAGGGCUAGUCAAGUAACGGCAAACAGAAAAACCCCAAGGGAAUUUACAAUACUACUAUGUACCUAAUGAAAAUUUAAAACAUUAAUGCGAUUAACCCAAACAAGUCCUAAAUGCUAAUGUAAUUAUAGACUUUUGAGGAGGAUUGAGUUAAGGCUCAUACUUAAGUCAGUACAAGACCCAAGUCCUUAAAGAAUAAAGGGACUGUCUAGUCCUUCAAGAUUAUAACUAAACUAUCUGAUGUUUUCUAUCUGAAAAAAUUCAGUGUUGUACAUGAUAUGGUGUUGAACAAAAUUAAUGUCAUGCAAACAUUAUCUUUUUUAUCUAAGUUGUUUGAUGGUAAUAGGCUGUGUGCAUACUUUUUACUUUAUGUUUUAGUUUCCCAGCUGCAAGAUUUUAUACAUCUACAGAAAAUCCACCUGUUAUUUAAAGCCAGUUUACUGUGAAAAAGGCUCGCUUGUCGUCAUGUCUAAAUAAAAAUAAAUAUUAGCAUGGGUUAACAAAUUACUAUUCACAGCUUGGUCAUCUCAUGCUUAGUCAGUUCUUGUUCACAUUUAAUUUACAUUGCCAAUUUUGAUAUGUUAAAUUAUGUUGCACAUGUACAGUAUUAUAUGAAUUAAUGAGGUUGGUUGUUUUAAUGGGAAGUACCAGUCUUAUAAAGUAGAAAUGUUUGUGGUAAGAAGGAAAUGGGCUGCAAUGGAUCAGGUAAUACUGAAUUUAUAUACUACUGUUCACUGUUCAAUUCCCAUUAGUAUUUAUACUUUCUUUGGCUCUUUUAUUAACAUUACUUUGAAGUGUAUUAUUAAUCAGCAAUUACCUAUUUCAUUUUUGCAUCAAAGCAUUGCAUUGAAAUUUGAAGUGUCAUGAGUUCUUUUUCAGAUUUAAAAUUGAAUUCUGGGCUAGAGAAAAAACUUGAGGCAUUCUUCUUAUUGUGCGCAAGCAAAGUAUGAUUCUAAACCCACAAUGUUGCAAUAUCUCUAGUUUCUGAUUUAUGACAUUUUGAAAAUGUUAUGAAUUUUUUGCUGUCCAGACAAGCAUAUUGUAGUUGUUUUUGAGUUAAGAUGUUUUACUGUAGGCUGUGAUACUUGUUUUUCACGUUUUAUCACAUUCUUUCAAGGAUAAAUUCAUAUUGAGCUUUAAUUUGGUUCUGGACUUGAAUGGUCAUAAUUUUUUUCUCAUUUUUUGUGUACACACACAAUACAAAUCUCUUCCUUUAACAACAGUCAUAUUCUUCAGUAACUCAAAGGUUGAUCAUUUGAAGCAAUUUAAAAAGAAGGAAAGAAUCUGUGAUCCUCGGAGUGUAAGGAGCACCCAACAAUGCAGGAGACACUGAUCCUCACGUUUCCUCACCCACAUCUUUAGUCAUUUUGGUCCAAGUGUGUUUUUGGAUGUCCCGUUCAUAUCUUCACUUAAUUUGGCUUUAUAUAUCAUCUGGCACUGAUGAUAUACUAAAGCAUCUGUCUUGGUGAUAUUUCCUCUUGGAUGCAUGAUUGCACUGAUAGUCUGGUGACAGUUUUCCUUCAUAAUCCCCAAAUUCACACAUCAAGUAUACAGUUCUAUACGUAUACAUAGAAUUCUUUCUUUGUGCACUUUAUAUUUGAAAUACUUUUCUGUCUGCCAGGUGCCUUACUUUUCCUCCAUAUAUUUUAUAAGGUCUUCCUUACAAGAUACUGAAGACUAUGACUAACUUUAAAGAAAUGGCUUGAAUUUUUUGGGAGAGACAAUUUUCUUUCGUGUUUUUUUAACUGCAACUUUUAUACUUUGUAAAUGUAAUCAGCUCCAUUCAAGUUUAUAUUCAUGCUGAGUUUAACUUUAUAGGUCUGUAGAAUUCAGUGGCUCGGUAAAAUUGACUCAUUUGAUGAAUCAACAGUAAUUUAUUUGUUUUACAUAUGAAGGAAGAGCCCCAAUAUAAAUUUAUAAUGUAGAAAAAGCACUUAUUUGAAAAAGGGAAUGUAUUAAUUUUUCAUUCUAUUAUGUUUUGAAAAUAGAUUGAAAAAAAUACUUUUAGCAGGGUAAACGCAAUACAUAUUUCUCAUCCAAUGUGUAAAUUAGUAAGGUAAGGAUUCUUAACCUCUACAAAAAUAUGACAUGUAAAUAACGCUGAAUACUCAACAAGUAAAUGAAAUAGCAAUAAUGGAAACAGUCACAGCAUGCAGGACAGCAGUGUAGCUUAAGGUGAAUACUAUAGCAAAAACAAAGCUAUCGGGUGCGUAGGUUCUUAUUUGUAGCCCAUACUGAUAUAUGCUAAUUUUUCCAUUAGCUUUCCAAACUUUUAGUUCUGGUAAGAGAUACAAAAAUAUAAGAAAUUGUAGCAAACCACACUGUAAACAAAUAUUAAUCUUAAAAUGUAGAAGUUAUGCAGUUCAUCCUGUUAAAAUCUUGAAACGGCCAGGUACUGUACCAUAAUCAGUUGAAAGGGAAAGCAAUUUAUCCUAUUCUAUUUAUCCUAAUUGGUUUUUAUGCAUAGUAUAUCAAUAGUUUUGCAUUUCAAGAUGCUUUUCAUGUAAUCCAGCUCUGAUAACUUUGCAGUUUCCAUGCUCAGUCAGCAUAAUACUACUUCUGUAGACAGUACUAAGAGAGAUUCAAAAUCCACACAAUUUUUUAUUAACUUUAAAGAAUUGUCACCAUACAAUUAGGUGAGGUUCCAGGAAAUGAAUUGUGCAGCGAUUGAUUGGAUAAUGAAGCCGUCAUAAAAUGGGUCUACAUGAAAAUAUGUUCCCAGCUACUCCAAAAUGAUAAUCAAAAAGAGACUUCGUCUGUGGAUCAACAUUUUGAAAAUACAAGCAGCAAUGCUACCAUGUGAGCAUUCCAAUGUUGUAUGAUGGGUCACUCUGUAGUGCUAAUAUGAUUGUAGUAGCUUCCAUCAACAAGUUGGAGAGGGAAUGGUUUCCCUUCACCUCUGUAAGUUUACAAGCAUAUGGACAAGUGGGCAGUUCACCAUGAUGUCAGACUGUUGGCCAGGAUCAUUCCAGGAAGGAGGAAUGACAGCUCAGCUACAAAGGGCAAUCAUCUUUAGACCUUUGAAAAGGGAAGGCUGUUUGCAUUCUGAAAAUCACUAAUGAUCAACCUGGUUGUCAUAUGACUAAUCAGGAAGCUCCUGGUGUUCUACUAAUAGGAGCCUGAGCCCUAGAUGCCACCUCUGGGGCAAUCUAGACGUCUACUCCCUUCCUCAACUCUGAUGCACCAAGUGAUCAACUGUGUGCUGAUAACCCUGGGGCUCAGAAUACCCUAACAGUUCCUCACUGAACCUAUGCUGAGUGGGUUACAAUUCUGCUGGCUCUCUUGGCAGGCUCUGGCAGAGAUUCCCUAUGAACCACUAUCCGAACAGGGGAAGUGGGCCAUCCUUUAUGAUUGAUAUAAAGAAAAAAAUAAAGAAUUCUUCUAGUUGAAGCUCCUGUUUAACAGACUGUGGACUUCCUUGUCUAUCUUCAUCAAGACAAUCUUUUCUCAGUCUCCAUGGUGAAAGGCUAAAGCUUCCAUGAGCCUCAAGGGCAUAAAUCUCAGAUCCCACAUUCAAAACUGCCUCCCAGUUAAGUUAGCCUUAGCCUUGACAAACCACAAUGGUGACACAGGCUUCUCAUUCAAUAAUCGAUCUCAAUCUUGUUAGAAACCUGGUAGUACAGGGCAUCACUUGACUUGCUCUCAUGUACAUAAAGGUCAAUCUGUCCAGGUGUUAUAUACAGUGAUUUUUACCCUUCUUAACAUUUAAGCUUCAUGACGCUUAAUGGAGAGGUUCAUAUUUCAAUACUCUUCUUAGCAGCACUUGUGCACACAGAUAUGUCUAGUACAAUAUGAUCUUUAUUGUUAUAUAUGGUUGCUAUAUGGACAUCAAUCAUGGUCAAUUUUCUAAUGAUUGAAAACAAUUCCUUCUAGCUAAUGUAAGAAAAAUAAUAGCCAAGGCUACAAUUUUCUUCAAAUAAAAAUAAAUAGUAGGAUUUUUUACUUUAGUAUAGGCUGUGAUGUUCAGUUAAACUACUUUUCAGAUUGAGUGCACACAACUUAUGAUCUAGGAAACCAUCAGCCUUUCAAAAAAAGUAAAUAAAUAAAUAAAUAAAAUAACAUAUAGGCAUACUGUGCACUUAAACAACCCUUCAGGUCAAGUAAACAACUAUUCAUUGCAUGGGACCGAAAAGAGAAAUUAGUUUGGCCUCAAGGCAACGGGAAUGUGGAAACAUGAGUUUCUUAUAUCAUUAUACUGUCAAACACAUCAGAGUAAGUUUAGUCUACUAUAUGCCAGAAAGUAUACUAUAGACUUGACUACAACCCACCAAUUAGUAUGUCCAUUCCGUGUAUCAGAAAGGGUUUUUUAUGUUAACUGAAUAUUCAUUUUCUAUAGACCCAUUGAUGUCAGUUGGGUACCAUACCUAAUCAUUCCGUAAUUACAUAAUUACAUGUCAUUAAAUCUGGCUUUGUAUUCAUUAUGAUAAUUCAACAAUCGAGAAAUUUGUUAAUGUUCACAAAAUUUUUCUUUUCAAGGACAAAAGAGGUCAACUUUCUUAUACACCAAUGACCAACUGAGAUGCAAAAAAAAAAAAAAAAAAAACAAUACCAGCCAUGUUUGUUUCAGAUUUUGUAUAAUAUAUAACUAAAUAAAUGAAUAAAUAAAUACACAAUGUAUAUAACUAUAUAGUACCUAUAUGGACACAUACAGGCAUUAAGUGUCUAUGAUCACAUUAAAUAUGUAAAUGUGUAUUACAAUAUAUAACCCUUAGACAAUUGCAAACAUCCUUAUACUACUAAAUAAAUUUCGUAACUAGCAUAAAAAGGGUAAUCUGUGCUUUCUAAAAUGGGAAACUAGAAACCGAAACUGCCCUUAAACCUAUGGUGCUACAAGUCUCAAAGUUAAAUGAAUCAAUCUUUUGUUAACAGUGCAUUCAUUACUCGAAUACUUUUACCCUAUUCCCUGUUUUCCCUGGACACUUAUGUAAUCCGUUAAUUAAUGUAUUUUCAGUUACAUUUCUUCUGUCAUUAACACGAUUGUUUUAAUGGGAACAGAAAACACUUCAGUCAUGGCUUGUUUAUACACUGUCUUGGCUAAAUUAAUUUAAGGCCGGAUAUAAUUAUGUACACUUGCAAAAAUAUUUAUCACUUGUAUUUUUUUUCUAUUAGGGUUAUUUCUGUCUUUGUUAUCAUUCUUCUGUUUUACUUAGAUGUAUUCAACACACAACCAAGUUUUCUGGCAUGCCAUCCAUGCCAAUAACAUCCAGUUUUGACAAAAAUAAUUGACAUUUUAAGCUACUUAGACUAAUUUCAUAUCAAGCUGGUUUUGCCUAAUUUUUACUUGGCUGGUAGGGAGGAUUAUCUCGCACUAUCUUCAUGUAAAACUUUUUUUUAAUGGAAAUAAACAACAAACAGAUUUAUUAAUUAAAAACGGCCAUGCAUUCACAGAUUUUUCUUGACUAACAUCAUAGCUACACUGCUGGUCCCUGAUGCUAAAGACUGUCUAUUAUAAGUAAAUUAAGGUCAAUCAAUUUCUAGGAAUAUAAGUUUUCAAUGGUCUCAAAUUGGUCUCCCAUGUUUCUCCUCGUUUUCAUUCAUCAUCCUUUGUCAGGCACGAGAUUGUAAAAUUACAUUGUAAAAGCUAUUCAAUGUUAUAUAUAGGCUUUCAAACAUCUGUAGUACUACUGUAUCUUUUUAAAAGUGCAUUCCUGGUGUUCACAACAAUGAUUUGUUACGAGUAUAUUUAUCCAAAGUCAUUAUAGUACUCAUUUUCAAUUACGUCCAUUUUCUAAAAUCAUACAAUUAUAUCUGUUGUCAUGCUGCUAUUACGUACUACAUCUAUCAGCUAUGAAACAUAUAUAUAGUUUAAGGUCAAUCACGCAACUUGGUUGCUCCCUAGUACGAUAAUUAAACCUCCAGGUCAUAUUCCUGUGUACUCAAAGGAGUAUAAUACAUUUGCACCGCUGUACGUAUAAUCAUAAAAUAAAUGUCUUUCUGGAGAAUACAGAGCUAUAUAAUAAAUCUCCCGCCAUGCUUUUUUUGUGACAUUUAUUACUAUUUUGUGCAGGAACUUCAAGGAAAAUUUGUUAAAUUUCUACUUAAAAGAUUCUUUUGAAGGUCAUUUUCAAAAAUCCUACUUCAGAAUGAGAGAAGGAAAAAAGUGUUUUCUUUUCUUUUAAAAUAACAAGAGAAGCCAAGUACGCAAUAGUCAAUAUGUGCCAAUCAGUGAUGUAUAUUGAAAUAGUAAUCAUUCACCAUCAGAAGUAAGUGCAAAAAAAGUAACUAAUAUAUAUUAUAUCUCGUUUGAAAUCAAACUACCACUUGUUACGGAUGAGAAACGCUGCUUUAAAUAUAUAGUUCGUAGAAACUUCUUGUUCUAUUUUUAAUAUUAUAGAAUCGGUGAAUAUAAAACGCUAUAAAAACAGAUAUACGCUAAUAUGUAGCAUAGAAGGUUUACGAGACUAGAGGCUUAUGAUAUCAAACACGCAUAUAACACACACAUAUAUAAAGACACGUCCACACAAUGCAUAAAUAAGCUAGGAAAAGAGAAGCAUAUAUACUGUAUAGAUCAUAUAUGCUCUAUAGCUUGUUUCGAGGCUAGGUCUGUGGGUCAUGCAUUUGUUAGUAAGAAUCAAGGUUAAACUGUAAAAAAAAAAUAAAAAAUAAAAUAAAAAAAAGUACUCUUUGUUUUGCUACUAAGAUCUAUAGGAUCUUAGCCCGGUACUCUUAAGGCGGUGUGAGAAAUAUAGUCGCAAUUUCUGGUUUGCCUAGAAUAGAAACCAGUAGUUUUAACUUAGUCACGAUCAUUUUUUCUCCCCCCAGCUAGUUUAUAUACAUAGAAACUAGUCACAAUCAUAGCAGUGCAAUCAGUGGGUUAGUUUGACAACUUUGUGUCUUACGAAAGUACACUCAUACACUCAAACUUGUAAUAUAUGAUUAUAUAUAUGCUCUGUUAACGGACUGCUGUGCGGUUUUUACCACGUGGUGGGUGUGGACGAGGUUACCAGACUAAGAUAUGAGGUUAAUUCCGGGAACAAUAAUGAGAAAUUCCGUAAAAAACAAAACAAAAAACUGGUCAAAGGUGGAACUCCGUCGACAGCCACUUAAAAAAAAUAAUAAUAAACCAAACUGCGUCCUUCAUGACAUUCCAAGCCCUGCAGGUUAUCCUGAUAAUUCUCACUGGUCAUAUACUCAUUCGUCCAAAGACAUGGUUCAUGUCCGUUGAUAUUUUAACCAUUAAUUUUAGAAAGCUGAAAAGGAUCAUAAUACGAUUAUAGAUUUUUUUUACAAUGUUCUACACUUUGUAGUAUACUUACAUUUAGGCCCAACUGAAUAUACAGUGUAGUUGUAUUAAGUGUCACAAUGUCGUUAGGUUCUAUAGUUCCAGACAAACUUUUCUUGGCGACUUACAAGGAGAGAUAAUGUCUUUGGAUUCUCCCCCAUAUUUGUAAACAUCUUCAGUGUACAGUAGGAUUUCUUAUUCAUGUUGUGUCCGGGGCAUCUCUCUCUCUCUCUCUCUUUAUUUUUUUCUGAACUAAACCUGCAGACUUCUCACUUUUGAAUCCAGCCUUUACAAUGUAACAUUCUGUAACAUUCAUGUGUGGAAUUUGUACUCUUAAAUCAUCGUGGGUUCGUCAUCAUGCUCAACUUUUGAGUUUGUAAGACUGUCAUAAUAUGUUAUAUGCGUGUUCCCAACAUCCUUUCCUGAACAAUGAAAUGUGAGAAGAAAGAUUUUUCGUUUCCUUAUCCUCUAUAUAUAUAUGUGCAUUCCCUCAAUCAUGCAGGCAUUCGUCAAUUUCUGUAAUGGCUACUUUAUACUACUACCACACACGAAAAACUGCAUACUUCUCGUUAUAACUAAGAGAAAUGUGUUGCUUAAGAAAUAACAA